AUGGCGUCCGACGUCGCCCCGCAGAACGGCACCGCGGCCCCCGCGGCUGCACCCAAGAAGCUCCAAGGCCGGGAGUUCUACGAGAGCAUUGGGAGCCCAAAGUACAUUGUGGCUCCCAUGGUCGAUCGGUCUGAAUUUGCAUGGCGCAUGCUCACUCGAUCCUUCAUGCCCGCAGACGAGCCGCAACCUCUCCUCGCAUACUCUCCAAUGUUCCAUGCAAGGCUGUUCGGCGAACAAGCGAAAUUGCGAACGCAACACUUCCAGCCCACUCGCGAAGCGAACGGCGACAUGAAAAAGAAAGACGAGUUGUUCCUCGACGGAAACCCCCAGUUCGACCGCCCCCUCUUUGUUCAGUUCUGCGCAAACGACCCGAACGAGUUUCUGGAAGCUGCACGGCAUGUGGCUCCAUACUGUGAUGCUGUGGACUUGAAUCUGGGUUGUCCGCAGGGUAUCGCCAGAAAGGGACAUUAUGGUGCUUUCCUCCAGGAAGACUGGGACCUCAUUUACAAACUUAUUAACCGACUACGUACGGAACUUUCAGUCCCGAUCACUGCCAAGUUUCGCAUUCAAGAGACAAAAGAGAAGACUUUAGAAUAUGCGAAGAUGAUUCUGUCUGCUGGUGCAAAUAUUAUCACCGUGCAUGGUCGCAGGCGAGAGCAGAAGGGACAUGAGACUGGAGUGGCAGACUGGAGCUAUAUUCGGUAUUUGCGGGAUAACUUGCCUCCGGAGACUGUGAUUUUCGCCAAUGGCAAUAUAUUGAAUCAUGAAGAUAUUGAGCGCUGUUUGGAGGUAACUGGUGCGGACGGUGUGAUGAGCGCAGAGGGGAACCUUUCCGAUCCUACGAUAUUCAGCAAGCCGCCACCACCUGGUAGCGAAGGCCGGGAAUACUGGCGUGGGCGAGACGGCAAAGGUGGAUACCGAAUUGAUGCGAUCCUGCGAAGAUAUCUCGACAUUAUCUACGAAUACGUCCUCGAGCAACCCGUUCCCGAACGGAAGCCACUUUACCUCCCUUCCGAUCCUAUCGACGAGGCAGAGAAGGCAAAGGAGGAAGAACAAGACGAUGAAGCGGAAGAUGGCCCGCCCAAGAAGAAGCAGAAGCGCGAGAAGCUCAAGCGGACCAAUUCCCCCAGUCUGGGCGUCAUGCAGGGCCACCUGUUUCAGGUGCUCCGACCAAUGGUCGCCAGCCACACAAAUGUCCGUGAUGCGCUAGCUCGUUCGCGACCCGGAGAUAUGCCUGCUUUUGAGAACGUCCUGACCCUUGUGGAAAAGGCUGUCAAGGUGGGACUUGAGGAGUAUGAGGUAUCUCCCGAAAAGUUCGAGAGACAGCUCGAUGAAACUUUGACUGGGUCCAAGGCUACAAUCGCUGAGUACGGCCGACCUUUUUGGGUUUGCCAGCCGCAUGUUCGCCCUUUGCCGGAAGAAGCUUUGGAGAAUGGAGCUCUUACUGCGAAGGGGAAGACUACGGUUCCGAAAGAGAGUGAGCAGAAGAAGCAGGAGACAGAGGCUGAUACACCGACUGUCGAAGGUGCUACUCCUGCUGCCAAUGGCAAUGCAGAACAUGGCGAUUCUAAGAAUGGCGAUACGACGCCUGGUGACGUUAUGACGGGCACUGCAACCACACCUGACAACCUUGUGAGUGGAUAG